UUUGCGCUCUGGGUCCCUGUGGCUGCUGUCUGUGUGGCUCUGAGUCCCUGGGCUUGUGGUGUGGAGCACGGGCACCUGGCUCAUGCCAUCAAAUGCGCAAGGCCUGCCUCGGCUCCCCUCUGCUUGCCUCCAGCCGGAGCGUGGCCAGCCCCCCUGGUCGCAGCAAGCGCCCGCCUGGCCCGUCACUGCGCCUGUGGUUCCACCAUUAGCCCAGUGCCUCUGAAUUAAGAGUCCAGCCCUGAGGAGGAGCAAAAAGGGAAUGGACCGUGAGUCUCAGGUGCCCCGAUCUCGUUCUGGCUUUGUCACUCAUUUUAAGCAAGAAUGUCCUGCCUCUCGGUCCCUCACCCUUUUUUUUUUGUGAGGAAGAUCAACCCUGAGCUAACAUCUGCCAAUCCUCCUCCUCUUUUUGCUGAGGAAGACUGGCCGUGGGCUAACAUCUGUGCCCAUCUUCCUCUACUUUAUAUGGGACGCCGCCACAGCAUGGCCUGACAAACAGUGCGUCGGUGCGCGCCCGGGAUCCGAACCUGUGAACCCUGGGCCUCCGCAGCAGAGCGCACGCACUUGACCACUUGCGCCAUCGGGCCGGCCCCUCCCUCACCCUUAAAAUGGCCACAGUCCCCUCCAUUCUGCCGCGCUCCCUGGGCGGAGGGCACAGAUGUCAGAGUGCUCGUAAGUGGAUGGCAGCCUCUGAGGGGAGGUUGAGGCCCCGCUCAGGGGGGCCCUGGUGGGCAGGCGUGGCCUGUGGCCCUGAGGGUGGCUCCUCAGCCUGGGAGAGGAAGAGGGAGCUGGCCGUGGAACCAGGGCAAGGAGGGGAGUCAGGGUGUUGAGCCCUUGGACGAAGGGAGCAUCCCGGAUGGUGGGUGGGGAAAGGGAGUUUUCAAAUUGGCCGAGCCAGGAGGUUUGUUUGCCUGGGCACCCUUCCCCCACCUCCCACCCCAUCAGCCCCGAUCAUUUCUCCACGCAGUGCUGGGGGAGAUCAGGAACCUGCCAGAGCGAGCACCUUUCUCCUGGGCGUCCAGGCCAUGGGCAGCAGAAGGGACAGGUGCAAGAACACCCCCUUUAGCCUCCCAGCUGGCCCUGUGCAGGACUCUGGGGUUGGAAGCCCCAGCUGAAGUGCUGUCUGCUCGCUCCGGCCUGGACCCGGCUGGAGUGGGCCCGACGCCUUUGGGUGCCCCUCAGAGGAGGGUCUGCCUCAGGUUGGGGCAGCACUGACGCAGAUGUGGACACAAGUGCUCAGCUCAUCUUUGGCUCGGGGACCAGGCUGACCUCCAGCUCUCACUGGCCCAUAAAGCUGUCACCAUCUGAGCAAGGAAUCCCCAGCAAGGGAGGGAGGCGGGCGGCGGGCAGGAAGAGCUGAGCUGCUCGGAAACGAGUCGCGAUGUUGGAGCUAGAAACUUCCCCAGGGAUCAUCCAUGCUCUGCCUGGCUGCACGUCAGAAUCCUCUGGGAACUUAAAAAUGCAGUGUCCCGGCCCUGCCGCGGGCCUGUCACCUCAGGGCUCUGGGAGUGGGGCCCAGGACGCUGGGAGAUGGACGGGCAGGUGUGGGCAGCACCUGUGCGAUCUGCCUGCCUCGCUCACAGAUGGGCAGGUGAGGCCGGAAAGCUGAGUGGUGGGGCAGGCGUCAUAUGGCUGUGUUCCCACAGCCCAGGACCCGGGAUCUUCCCUCCACCUGCCCAGCCCUGCCUUUUGGGGCUUCAUGCAGUAAGACUGCCCUUCUGGCCCACACCUGACCUUCAGACGCAUCAAGCAAGUGGCUUCCUCGCCUCCUUGAGAUCUCCCUGGAUAAAGUGGCCCCCUUCUCCUUUGGGAAGCCCCCCCUUUGUCACCUCCCCCAAGGAGCCCCAGGUCCGCCUCAGUUGAUCAGGUGAAGCUGGUUUCUUUGGACCUGAAGGCGGGACCUGGUGCCGUCCCUUCGUCUUCCUUGCGUGAGCCUCUCGUCCUCAGCGGCUGAGGGGGCAUUUGGGCUCCUGGUCCUGUUGGCCGCUGUGUUGUGGGGUGACCGACUGUCCCAGCUUGCCUGGACUGAGGGGUCUCCCUGCACAGAGGACUUUCUAUGCUAAACCCAGAAACGUCCCAGGCAGAUGGGGCUGGUUGGUCACCGGGCUGUGUGUCGGCUGUGAUUCCAUCAGCUGGUUUUUGUGUUUCCCACAUCCCGGCAGGAGAGGCCCAGGCCUGGGGACGGACAGAUGACAGACUCAUCCCCUUUGCCUACUGGCUGAGGGCCUUGGGCGGGUCCCCUCCUCGUCUCCACGGUGGAGUAUGAUGUAGCGCGGAAGGCAGUGCACGCACACGGACGUGUGUCCGGGCGGUGCUGAUGCUGCGGGUCCCGGGACCGCGGGGACGAGCGCCUGCCCGGGACCCCUGUCCGACCCAGCGGCUCCGUCACUGUCAGUUCCUGGACUGUUCCUCCGUCGCGAUCCAGAUGCAUCCAGAGAUGCAGUCUUCCUCAUCACCUUUUUCUCUUUGAGAGCCAGGCAAGCCAGCAGUUGUCAGACUCCACUUACAGCUUGCGGACGUCCCGGCUCCCACCUGAAGUGGUGGCGGUCACACCUGUUAGUUCCCCAAGUAUUUGCUGAGUCCCCUGGACACCCAGCGGGCGUUGGAGGCAGUGGGAAUACCAUGGACCUGAGGCACGGCCUCUGGCCUCCAAAGCUCACGUUCUAGUCGGGGACUCAAGCGAGAAGCACGGGAACAAUUCACUACCUGUUGCAACAGAGUCUAUGAAGAAAGUGAUCAUGGCCUUGCUGGGGAAGCGCUGCGAGGUGCCCGCCAGCAGCUGCGGGCCUGACCGCCGGAGCUCCGCCUUCGCCCGCAAAGACGAGAUCAUCACCAGCCUCGUGUCCGCCUUGGACUCCAUGUGCUCGGCGCUUUCCAAGCUGAACGCGGAGGUGGCCUGUGUCGCCGUGCACGAUGAGAGCGCCUUCGUGGUGGGCACCGAGAAGGGGAGAAUGUUCCUGAAUGCGCGGAAGGAGCUGCAGUCAGACUUCCUCAGGUUCUGCCGAGAGCCCCUGUGGAAGGAGCCGGAGGCAGAGCACCCCAAGAAGGUGCCACGGGGCGAGGGUGGUGGCCGGAACAUCCCACGGUCCUCCCUGGAGCAUGGCUCGGACGUGUACCUUCUGCGGAAGAUGGUAGAGGAGGUGUUUGAUGUUCUUUAUAGCGAGGCCCUGGGAAGGGCCAGUGUGGUGCCGCUGCCCUACGAGAGGCUGCUCAGGGAGCCAGGGCUGCUGGCCGUGCAGGGGCUGCCCGAGGGCCUGGCCUUCCGGAGGCCGGCUGACUAUGACCCCAAGGCCCUCAUGGCCAUCCUGGAGCACAGCCACCGUAUCCGCUUCAAGCUCAAGAGGCCACUUGAGGAUGGCGGGCGGGACUCGAAGGCCCUGGUGGAGCUGAACGGUGUCUCCCUGAUAGCCAGGGGUUCUCGGGACUGCAGCCUGCACGGCCAGGCCCCCAAGGGGCCACCUCAGGACCUGCCCCCCGCCGCCACCUCUUCUUCCGUGGCCAGCUUCCUAUACAGCACCACACUCCCCAACCACACCGUGAGAGAGCUCAAGCAAGAGGCGCCCGCCUGCCCGCUUGCCCCCAGUGACCGGGGCCUUGGCCGAGCCGGGCCUGAGCCCAAGGCCCCUGGGGCCCAAGACUUCCACGACUGCUGUGGGCAGAAGCCCACCGGGCCUGGUGGUCCUCUCAUUCAGAAUGUCCACGCCUCGAAGCGCAUUCUCUUUUCCAUCGUCCAUGACAAGUCAGAGAAGUGGGACGCCUUCAUAAAGGAGACAGAGGACAUCAACACGCUCCGGGAGUGCGUGCAGAUCCUGUUCAACAGCAGAUACGCGGAAGCCCUGGGCCUGGACCACAUGGUCCCCGUCCCCUACAGGAAGAUUGCCUGUGACCCGGAGGCUGUGGAAAUCGUGGGCAUCCCGGACAAGAUCCCUUUUAAACGCCCCUGCACCUACGGGGUCCCCAAGCUGAAGCGGAUCCUGGAGGAGCGGCACAGCAUCCACUUUGUCAUUAAGAGGAUGUUUGACGAGCGCAUCUUCACAGGGAGCAAGUUUACCAAAGACCCCACGAAGCUGGAGCCAGCCAGCCCGCCGGAGGACGCCUCUGCAGAGGCCUCCCAAGCCGCCAUCCUCCACCUGGCCGGGGCUGCUCGAUCCGACAAGAGUGGUCUCUCCGAAGAUUGUGGAGCAGGAACCUCCGGGGAGCUGGGUGGGCUGAGGCCCAUCAAAAUUGAGCCGGAGGAUCUGGAUAUCAUUCAGGUCACCAUCCCGGACCCUUCACCAACCCUUGAGGAAGUGACAGACUCGAUGCCUGGGCAUCUGCUCUCGGAAGAUUCUGGUUAUGGGAUGGAGAUGCUGACUGACAAAGGCCCCAGCAAGGACCCUCAGCCUGAGGCAAGACCCUUGGAGGAUGGCCACGGCGAUGUGAUCCGGCCCCUGCGGAGGCAGGUGGAGCUGCUCUUCAACACUCGAUACGCCAAGGCCAUUGGCAUCUCGGAGCCCGUCAAGGUGCCCUACUCCAAGUUCCUGAUGUACCCGGAGGAGCUGUUCGUGGUGGGGCUGCCCGAGGGCAUCUCCCUCCGCAGGCCCAACUGCUUCGGCAUUGCCAAGCUCCGCAAGAUCCUGGAGGCCAGCAACAGCAUCCAGUUUGUCAUCAAGAGGCCCGAGCUGCUCACCGAAGGAGUCAAAGAGCCCGUCACGGACAGCCAAGAGAGGGACUUCGGGGACCCUCUGGUGGACGAGAGCCUGAAGAGACAGGGCUUUCAAGAAAAUUAUGACACCAGACUCUCACGGAUCGACAUCGCCAACACACUGAGGGAGCAGGUCCAGGAUCUGUUCAAUAAGAAAUACGGGGAGGCCUUGGGCAUCAAGUACCCGGUCCAGGUCCCCUACAAGCGGAUCAAGAGCAACCCUGGCUCGGUGAUCAUCGAGGGGCUGCCCCCGGGUAUCCCGUUCCGAAAGCCCUGCACCUUUGGCUCCCAGAACCUGGAGAGGAUCCUCGCGGUGGCUGACAAGAUCAAGUUCACGGUCACCAGGCCUUUCCAAGGACUCAUCCCAAAGCCUGGUGAGGCCCUGGGCCUGAACCGACCUGUGCUGGUCCCUUACAAGCUGAUCCGGGACAGCCCCGACGCCGUUGAGGUCACGGGCCUGCCCGAUGACAUCCCUUUCAGGAACCCCAACACGUACGACAUCCACCGGCUGGAGAAGAUCCUGCAGGCCCGGGAGCACGUCCGCAUGGUCGUCAUCAACCGGCUGCACUCAGGUUCGGUUCCCGGGCGCAGACCUAUACCACUCAUCAGUGGCCAUGCUGUGGUGACGACCCACGUACAAAAAAUAGAGGAGGAUUGGCACAGAUGCUACCUAGCUCAGGGUGAAUCUUCCUCAGCAAAAAGACCUUUUGCAGAAAUCUGCAAUGACACCAAGGUGUCAGCCAAAGACAGCAGUGUUCCCAAGCGCAAGAGAAAGCGAGUCUCUGAAGGGAACUCCGUCUCCUCUUCCUCCUCGUCUUCCUCGUCCUCGUCCUCCAACCUGGAGUCCGUGGCAUCCGCCAGCCAGCUCUCCCUCGUGCAGUGGCCAAUGUACAUGGUGGACUAUGCCGGCCUGAACGUGCAGCUCCCGGGACCUCUGAAUUACUAGACCUCAGUGCUGAAUCAGGACCUCAUUCAGAAAGACUAAAGGAAAUGUAAUUUAUGUACAAAAUGUAUAUUCGGAUAUGUAUCGAUGCCUUUUAGUUUUUCCAAUGAUUUUUACACUAUAUUCCUGCCACCAAGGCCUUUUUAAAUAAGUAAAAAAAAAAAAAAAAAAAG